AUGCCACCGGGGUACGAGGAUCCGCUACAUCCUGGGCACGUCUGUCAUUUACAGCGGUCACUUUAUGGUUUGAAACAAGCACCUCGUGCAUGGUUUAAACGCCUUCAUGAUUUUUUAACCUCCACGGGUUUCUCACCCUCCAAGACCGAUGUCUCCUUGUUUUACUAUACGAGUGGUGACUCGCGAGUUUAUCUACUUGUGUAUGUUGAUGAUAUAAUCAUGAUGGGUAAUGACACUGCUCUGGUUGAUUCUUUACUGCACAGGUUAUCCACUGCGUUCAAAAUCCGAGACCUUGGUACACCUGGGUUCUUUCUUGGUGUUGAAACGCUACAGUAUAAUGGCGGGUUCUUGUUAUCUCAAAAGCGCUACAUGCAGGAUAUUUUAGUCAGGGCGGGCAUGGCAGACUGCAAGCCUUUAGCCACGCCAGCAGCUGUGACUCAGUCCUUUUCUCCUAGCCUCGACCUCCAUGAUAAUUCGACUCAGUAUCGCCGCAUUACGGGUGCUCUACAGUAUCUCACUAUCACCAGGCCGGACUUAUCCUUUUCUGUCAAUCGUCUAUGUCAGUUUAUGCAUUCACCUACUGCUGAACACUGGUGCCUCCUCAAACGGGUUUUGCGGUAUGUUAAAGGCACAUUGGAUAUGGGUUUGCGGGUUACUCCUUCCUCACACUCCACUUUGCAUGCCUAUUCUGACUCUAACUGGGCUGGAUGUCCGAUAGACAGAAAAUCAACAAGUGGCUAUGCUGUGUUCUUUGGUACUAAUCUUAUCUCUUGGGUCUCUCGGAAGCAACGCACGGUUGCACGCUCAUCUACUGAGGCGGAGUAUAAAGGACUUGCAGAUGUUGCAGCUGAAGUCACCUGGCUAGUGUCUUUGCUUAAAGAAUUACAUCUUCACUCUGGCAGUCCUGCAACCUUAUGGUGUGAUAAUCUUGGGGCCACUUAUAUGGCGGCUAAUCCGGUAUUUCAUGCACGCACCAAACAUGUUGAAGUUGAUUAUCAUUUUGUUCGCGACAAAGUAGCUGCAGGGGAGUUGGUUGUCAACUUUGUGUCUACACAGGAGUAG